AGCGAGACGCCGUCUCAAAAAAAACAAAUAAAAUAAAUAAAUAAAUAAAUAACAUGUUCAUUAUAGUAAAGUUGGAAAUUACAGAAAAGUGGGAAGGAAACCAAAGAUUUUAUUUAACUACCAAAGCCAGGCACUUGGGAUAUUUUAAUGGUUUUCCAUAUGGGAUUUUUUUUUUUUUUUUUUUUUCAGGCAUGAGGGUUUUUUUGGUUCUCUGUCAUAUGGUUGGGAACUCAAUAUUCAGAAGUAGAGAAUCCCAGUUACUCAGGAGUCUGAAGUGUGAGGAUCACUUGAAGCCAGGAGUUUAAGAUCAACCUGGGCUACUUAGAGAGACCCCGUUCCAAAAAAGAUGUAGAGCUGGAAGGAAACUUGGGGGUCAGCUGGUCUGGCCACCUUGGUUGACAAGGCAGGAAAGCCUGGCUCAGUACCUCCAAAUGACUUGUCCAAGGUGAGCGGUGGCAGAGCUGGAACCAGAAGCUGUUAGAUGUUUGCUGCCCCUUAAACUCCAGCAGCAAACCUCCCUCUGUCCCCAAAGACCAUCUUCACAGGGCAUGGUUAGUGCAUAGGGGAUCGAGGCUCCAGGCUGAGGGUCUCUCUGGGAAGGGCUUCUAGGAACCCCCCAGCUUCCUUGGUAAAGGAUGUGGCUCUGGUUAACCCCCUCCCCCAUUACCAGAUGGAAAUUUAGCUAUGGGGUGGGGGGCCAAAAAGUGAGGGCCACAGAGCCCAGCAAGGGGCGUGGCCCGUGCCUGUUCCCAAGGGCGGAGCCAGUCAGCAGGGUCACCCUGUUCCUUUAAGAGAAGGGGGAGCGCUAACCCCUCUCAGCCAUCCUGUCCUGUCCUCCAUCCUGGCCAAAUCCGAAAGGGAAAAUGAAAGAGGGAGAAGGAGGCGCCGGUCCCAGCCACCUCCCAAGGUCCCUGGCUCAGCUCUGACACCCCAGUCCCGGCCCCAGGGUGAGUGGGGUUGGGUGAUGGUUUAGGGGCACCAGAGGUGUGUGGGGACCUGUGUGAGUGUGGGGUGGAGAGGGUCUCAGGAGAUAUGGAGGCUGGAGGCACAGGAGGCUGGGGAGGAGGGAGAGGCCUGGCUCCGCAUUCCCACCACGCUGGGGUAGGAGAGCAGGGACACCUCUGACAAGGGACCCUGUGACAGUUACGAAAGUGGGGUUGCCUCUGUACCAGCCCCCCACACUGAGAGGAGUUCACUGCAGUGAAAAUGGCGAGAGAAAUGGUCGGCCGAGAAAGGAGUGGUCUCGCUGCCUCCGCCACUCCCACUCCUCCCAGGGGCACCAAAUUGGGUCUGGAGGCUCGGGGUUCGAGGCUCCACUCUUCCCACAGCAUCCUUGACAGCUAAGGGCACCGCUGGAUUUCCGCUUCCACAAGCGCCAUGGGGGAGUGGGCGUUCCUGGGCUCGCUGCUGGACGCCGUGCAGCUGCAGUCGCCGCUCGUGGGCCGCCUCUGGCUGGUGGUCAUGCUGAUCUUCCGCAUCCUGGUGCUGGCCACGGUGGGCGGCGCAGUGUUCGAGGACGAGCAAGAGGAGUUCGUAUGCAACACGCUGCAGCCGGGCUGUCGCCAGACCUGCUACGAUCGCGCCUUCCCGGUCUCCCACUACCGCUUCUGGCUCUUCCACAUCCUGCUGCUCUCGGCGCCCCCGGUGCUGUUCGUCGUCUACUCCAUGCACCGGGCCGGCAAGGAGGCUGGCGGCGCUCAGGCGGCGGCGCAGUGCGCCCCUGGACUGCCCGAGGCCCAGUGCGCGCCAUGCGCUCUGCGCGCCCGCCGCGCGCGCCGCUGCUACCUGCUGAGCGUGGCGCUGCGCCUGCUGGCCGAGCUGACCUUCUUGGGCGGCCAGGCGCUGCUCUACGGCUUCCGCGUGGUCCCGCACUUCGCGUGCGCCGGCCCGCCCUGCCCGCACACGGUCGACUGCUUCGUGAGCCGGCCCACCGAGAAGACCGUCUUCGUGCUCUUCUACUUCGCGGUGGGGCUGCUGUCGGCGCUGCUCAGCGUAGCUGAGCUGGGCCACCUGCUCUGGAAGGGCCGCCCGCGCGCCGGGGAGCGUGACAACCGCUGCAACCGUGCACACGAAGAGGCGCAGAAGCUGCUCCCGCCGCCGCCGCCACCUCCGCUGCCGACCCUGCCCUCCCGGCACCCCGGCCCCGAGUCCUGCGCCCCGCCCGCCUAUGCGCACCGGGCGCCAGCCAGCCACCGCGAGGGCGGCAGCGGCCGCGGCAAGGCGUCACCGGCCACCGGCCGCCGAGACCUGGCCAUCUAGGGGCGGGCCCCGCCUCGCGCGGGCUGGACGGCGAGGGCCGGACCCCGCCACCUCCGCCGCCCGCACCGCAGAAACCGGAAGCUGCUUCCACCAGAGCUGUGGUGGGACUUGCCCUGGCAGGAGACGCGCUGUGGGGACGGCCCGCGGUCGGCAUCGCACUUGCCUCGUACUGCCUCCCAGUGGAUGCCGGCAGCACCUGGGGCAGGCCGAGCUGGGGGCGGAGAAUGAACUCAGGCGGGUCCUGGAUGCCACCACCCAGGUGGAAAGGAAGGAGACCAGGGCCCUGAAAGAGAGUGGACCGGAGGGGGAGAGCAGAGCGGAAGGUGGAGGGUGGUUGUUUUACUGGGGACAAAAACAACUGUGAUGCCAGCAUUCUCAGGCACUCUCUGUGUUCAGAGAGUGGUCCCCGUGUGGGCUCUCUGUGAAUGUGCACACACGGACACAUAAGCACUGCGAGCUGUGUGCACGCGCACCUGUACACCCUGUGUGAACACUGUGCAUGUGCGCGCAUGUGUACACCCUGCGUGAGGCCCACUUGUGCACACACACGUAACCCUUCCGGGUGAGCUGUGUGCACAUGCACAUAGACACAUGUAUGCCCCGUGAGAGCUGUGUGCUCACAUCCUUGUGAGCUUUGUGUGAGUGCGUUGUGCACACACGCACAUGUGCAUCCUGCUUGGGCUGCGUGUGCACACCUGUACACGGAAACAUCCUUGUGCACUAUGUGUGCAUGUGUACAUCCUGCGUGACCUCCGUGUGUGCACGCGUGUGUGUGUGAUCUCUGGUAUGCACUGCGGGGGUGGCCAGGGUCCGAUGUCAGCAGCAGACACAAUGGCUCCCUCCCCACCACCCUAACCGAGCCCACCUGCCAGGGCAUCACAGAAGGUCUGUUCUCCUCCCAAGAGACCCCGCCCAGCGAGGGAAGAGGAGGAGAGGCUCCCCUUCCCAGGGCAGGCCUCAAUCCUCGGGAGCCUAUGAGCACAUCCUCACUGUCCGCCUUGUAGCGAGGCGGGGGCUGGG